UUUGAAACUCUUUAAGUUCUCAAGAGUUCUCAAUUGGGACUCAUGUUCCCAAGAGGAAAUGGGAUUAAAGUAUAGCAGGCUCUUUCUCUUAUCCUUGUUUUCUAAUAUUAUUUUUUGGUGACCUUUGGUUUGUUUUUAUCAACUGAGCUUGGAACUUUUAAGAUAAAUAGUCAGGAUAUUCAACUAUCCAUCAUUCCCAUUUUAGAAAGAAAGAUUUGUAUUCAUGUUGUCUCCAUGAAACUAUACAUUCAAUAUCACUACUGCUUUGCGAAAAGGUUUGCUUAGAAUGGAGAAGGACAGAACCAUGGACAAAAGCAGAUCUUCUGAAGUGAGUGAACAAUUGUUGUUUAAGGCAAAAGAAGAGCUUGGUGAAACUGAUAGUAUUAGAGAAGAAUCUGUGAAUCUCAUUAAGGAAUGGAUCCAAACCCAUCACACUGACUACUCUCAUUUAGAUGAUCAGUCAAUACGAUGGUUCCUUCGUGGCUGCAAAUUUAAUGUACAAAGAACAAAACAACGGAUAGAUAACUUUUUUCUGUUUCGGGCUCAAGUCACAGAAUGGUAUUCAGGUAGAGAUCCACUUUCCCCAGAAAUCCUAGAUAUUCUGAACCUUGGGACUGUCUUGCCAUUACCAGGACGUGAUGAUGAUGGAAGAAAAGUGGUUAUUAUUCGUGCAACUAUCCAUGAUGCUUAUAAACAUAAGCAAGAUGAUGUAUUCAAAGUAAUGAACAUGAUUAUAGAAUUAAUGUGCCGUGACGAUGAAGCUACGUCUAUCACAGGAGUAGUUUGUGUCGUGGAUUUGAAAGGUGUUGGAAUGGGCCACGCAAUGCAAAUGACGCCUUCUGUGAUUCGUAAAGCAGUCAAUUCUUGGCAGGACGUCAAUCCAAUCCGUACGAAGGCAAUGCACUACAUUAACACUCCACUGAAUGUUCAUGUUGUAAUGAAUAUUUUCAGAACAUUCAUGAAAGAAAAACUCAAACGCCGACUGCAUUUACACAGAGGCGACAGUACGAAAGUGCUCACUUCACUCAUUCCUUGCGACAAUUUACCAAUGGAAUACGGAGGAAAUGGACCCGCAAUCGAUUUCUUAAUAAAUAAGUGGAAAGAUCGUGCUAUAGCAAACAGGGAGUGGUUUAUGAACCCAGAAAAACAUGGACCAUUUUCUCCUUUUUGAGCUUUGGAAAAUGUUGGACAUUCGUUCUGAAGGAAAAUGUAUUUUUUCCCAUAUUUUCGUGAAUUUCCAUUUUUGUUCCUAAAGUUCAUGCUAUUGCAUUGGACAAAUAGUAAGAUGCAAUUAUUGAACUGAGACAAACAUAUUUCUCCCUUCGUUUUUGUAUUUCCAAAAUGACUUCAACAUUCGGUAUAUUUUCGUUUACGUUUCCUAAUCAUUUUUUUUUUACUCGAAAUACGAUAUAUACUUACGAAAUUG